AUGCCUCCCAGAGCAGCCGCCGGUAGACGUCCCCGGUUCGCCAGUCGGGAACCGGAGCAGACAUCUACACACGAGUCCCCAAACGCCCUGAUACGACCUCAGCUGCCGCCGCUGCAAGGUACUCCGAGCUCUCGGAGACAGUACACCUAUGGAUCUGGUGUUGAGCCGCCGCCUAGAGUUAGCGCUGGCUUUCAGCGGAUGGACAUCAGCACCGCCGUCAACCAGGCCCUCUCCAAGCGUGAUGACACCGAUGUGUUUGUGCGACCGCCAAAACCUCGGGCUGCAACCGUGGAAGAUGAGGAGACUUCUCGUGAUAAUGGAAACCGGCUAAGCGCUGGAGGUCUACCUCGGGGAACUGUCGCUGGUAGUGACGCCGACAGCCUGCGAAGUUUUGGUAUGGAAAGUGACUACUACGAAGAUGCGACGAUAGGAUCCGCGCCUACUUUGACUCCAGGUCCCCAAACAAGACAACGCACCUCCAAAACAGCUAGGACACAAAAAGAUGUGUCCGAGGAACAUGAAGACGAAGAAGAGGAGGACCCGAGAACGACAAAUGUUGUCAAUCAUGGAAAGAAGAUCAACACGCCAGCCCCCAGUAGAACGCGCCAGACAAGGUCAAACCAAUUGCCAGCGCGAAAUACUGCUCGGGAAGAAGACCAAGAGGACGAGAGCGGGUAUGAGGAAGCAACCGGUUUAGAGCCAGAAGCGGAAUUGCAAGGUGUGCAUAGAGUGGCCGCCAACCGUCGACCAAGGCACGGAUCCGAUGAGACGUCUGAGAAAUCGGAGGGAACCUUUCAAAGGAGACCACAGCAUCGGAUCACCUCGUUCGAUAAGGCCAACGAGAUUCCGAUUGAUCCGCGGGAACGUGACUCUUUAAUCCAGCAAGAGAUUCGCGACGUCGAAGACCAAGUCGCUCGUGAACGAGCAGAGAGAGAAACCCGGACCCGAUUCGUUGUUCAACACGAGACGUGGAAGCAGUGGUUCCAGCAACAAAUCGCCUGGGUGCUCACGCUCUGGCCUUUCCGCCUAUUUAUGGGACAGCGGAACAACUUGGACGACUUUGACGACUUUGACGAGGAUCACGAUGUUCCUGCCGUGCAAUUGUGGCGGAUCUUUCAUCCCAUGACGUACGUACGAACCUUGGAGUGGCUGUCCGACAAGUUGAUGGAUUACAUCUUCAAUUUUAUCAACAGAGUAUGUGGAGUUCAACUUCGAGGCUCUCAGACGGGCUUGACCAUGUACUGGACCAUGCUUUCUUUUCUUGCCUUGUUGAUUGGCGGCGCCGUUAUACAUAUGGGAAUGGGAACAUCUAUGCCGUCAGUACCAAGCUUCCCAGGUCUGGGAUCGUCGGGUACCCUUCCUUGGCCUAGUUCUUCCGGCUUCUUUGAGAGGAUUGGAAACAUGAUCCCGUCAAUGCCCUCCUGGAGCACGGAUGAGGAACCCAAUAUUUGGGAUAAGCCAGAAGAGCGCGGAUCCGGAUCCUUUGAAAAGUUCUUGGCGUCUUAUAAAAAGGCAGUCAGCACUUUAAAAGACAAGGACAACAUCCAUGAGCAAGCCAUCAAGAAGCUGGAGGCUAUAGUCCCUCACAUCGUCCACAUGGACACCAAGGGUGGGAAACCCGUCAUCUCGCAGCAAUUUUGGCAUGCUCUCCGAGAUCUCAUGAAGGCGGACGGUAGUUUCUUGAGUUUCGAGAAGAAGAAGAAUGGUAACCUUGAGGUCUCUUCUGAUGGACAGUGGCAAGCACUCCUUGCUCGGCUCACCAAAGAUCCUUCGUUUACGUCAACCAUCAACAAAAGCGCCACGGGGGCUGCUGAACAAGUGGAGAGUAAACUCUCUGGAUGGUGGGAUCGAUGGAUCAAGAACAACGACAACAAGAUUCAGGAGAUUCUGGACAAGGCAAUGGAUAAGAGACAGUCUGCUGGUUCGGAACGCGAAUUCGACGAACGACUCACCAAGAUUGUCAAUGAGCAGCUCAAGGGGAAGAACCAAGCCGUCGUCUCCCGCGAGCAGUUUCUCAAACAGGUUGAGGGCGAGUUUACCAAGCAUCGGAAGCAGAUCGCUGCUGAGAUGACGGAGUUGAGAACAAAGAUGGAUGAGCGUGUCAAGGAGAUGAUUCGUGCUGCAACCUUUGAUGCCCCUAAGCAGGUCACCAAGACUGAGAUCUCUAAACUUGUACAUGAGAUUGUCAAGAAGGCUCUGGCUGACUUGAGUCUUCAGGCCGUGGCCAAGGGAGAGAUCAAGGUUAAUUGGGAUGCCGUGCUCAAGAACCAGGUCAACUUUUUUGGAGUAGGCGCUGGUGCUACUAUUGACCCGAAACGCACGGCACCGGUAUGGGAUCCGUGGAAUAAGGGGGUUGCUUCUGUCGAGGCCUACGAAAAGGGCCUCGUUGGUGUGAACCCCCUACCUCCCAUCGUGGCACUUCACCCCUGGCAGGACGAAGGAGACUGUUACUGCGCUGCCCGUACUAUCAACCAUCGCGGCAACGCUCACAGCGCCUCAAUCGCCGUCCAUCUCGCCCACCUCAUGGUCCCCCAACAAGUCGUCAUCGAACACAUCCUCCCCGGCGCAACAACAGACCCCGAAGCCCGUCCCCGCCAAAUCGAAGUCUGGGCCAACAUCGAAGCCGACGAGCGUGAAAAGGUGCGCGACUUUUCACAAACGCACUUUCCCGACAACAAAGAAGACUGGGACUUUACCCCUCCCAACUUUGAGGAUUCAUUCGUAAAGAUUAGCCAGUUUGUCUACGAGAGCGAUGAGUUGCACAACGGCGUGCAUAUCCACCAUCUCAGCCCGGAACUUGAAGAUUUGGGCGCCAUGACGGAUCAUGUUAUUAUUCGUGCUGUGAGCAAUUAUGGUGCCAAGACUCAUACUUGCUUUUACAGGGUGAGACUUUUUGGAAGGCGGGCAGACGAGUAA